CACUCAAGACGCUGAACGUACUUUCGCUUUCUGAAGUUCUUGGAGAGGAACAGAAACCAGAUUAAAACCUUGAAGAAGAAAAAAAGACCCACAAAAACAACUCUGGCGCAAAACUAAGCUGACAUGUCAUACAACCCAAACAAGAGUAUGGCAGCUGGAGAACCUGCUGGGGAAACUGCACUUGGAGCUGAAGCUGAGGAAAGGAAACUAUCCGGGGACGAAACGGACGCCAAACCUGACCGCAGAGGAAGAUUCCUGCUCUUUGGAAGUAAUAAGAAUAAGGAUGGCAAGACGCGGGAGCAGGACUACUCUUCUGAAAGCCAUUACAGAAUUGUUUCACCAACAUUCCAGUAUAAGAUGAGCCACCAGCGAGUGGGAAAGUGCAUCAUCAUCAACAACAAAAACUUUGAUGAGAAGACAGGGAUGAAUGUACGCAACGGCACAGAUAGAGACGCGGGAGAGCUCUUCAAAUGCUUCAAGAGCCUUGGAUUCGAUGUCUUCAUCUACAACGAUCAGACAUGUGAGAAGAUGGAGCGUCUUCUCAGAGAAGCCUCGGAGGAAGACCAUAGUGACAGCUCGUGUUUCGCCUGUAUCCUGCUAAGCCAUGGCGAGGAGGGCAUGAUCUACGGGACGGACGGAGCCAUGCCCAUCAAGUCCAUGACCUCAUUGUUCAGGGGCGACAUGUGCAAAAGCUUAGUCGGAAAGCCAAAACUCUUCUUCAUCCAGGCUUGCCGGGGUUCCGAAUUUGAUGACGGUAUACAGACAGAUUCGGGUCCGCCAAACGAUACCCUGGAGACUGAUGCUAAUCCCAGACAUAAGAUCCCUGUGGAGGCAGAUUUCCUCUUUGCCUACUCCACUGUGCCAGGGUACUACUCAUGGAGGAACCCUGGGCGCGGCUCCUGGUUCGUCCAGGCGCUCUGCAACGUCCUCAAUGAGUUCGGCAAGCAGCUGGAGAUAAUGCAGAUCCUGACCCGGGUCAACUACAUGGUGGCCACCAGCUUCGAGUCCUGGUCCGAAGACCCGCGCUUCAGCGAGAAGAAGCAGAUUCCCUGCGUGGUCUCCAUGCUGACCAAAGAACUGUAUUUCAACUGAGCGCACUGUAUAACAUCACAGACUGACCCACUGUUUCAGGUACCGACUGAGAGGUCAAAGCAUUCAGGGAUCAUUCAGGCCCAGCAGGAGUUAGUUGGGCCUGAAAAAAAACAAGCACUCUGCUUAUAUAUAUUUUUAAAAAAGGAACAUUUAAAGUGGCACUCCGCAUUCAUGUGCUGAUGGUGAAACUUCUUCCUCUUCUUCAGGUUAUUCCUUGGGAAUAAUGGCGUCACAUUUGAUCUGAUCUUAUUUUGACAGGCAUGUGAAAUAUCAAUGUUAUUCCACCAGCCCGGAAAAUGUGCUGCCACCUUUUGUGGGUUGGGGGAAAUCAUAUCUGAAUGUGUCUCUCCAUUUUCCAGCAUAGAUGUUGAAGGGAAGGCUUCAGGGUCUUCCAUUUAUUACAUGAAAUGGGUUUUGAAUAACUGAAAUAAUUUGCAUUUAGUCUUCUGAAGGAAGUCUCUCCAGAAAUAGAUGAUUAAUCAGUUUGAUCAUUUGGAAACCAGGUGACUGUUGAAGUUUUGAAAGCCUAUAGAAAGUGUAUUGAAUACGAAGUGAAUAGAGUGAUUGAUUAAAAAGUCCUUUGAUUGCCAUAGGAGAGAUAAAGGAUCCUCUGGAGGGACAUUUGGGAAAUGGAUCAGAUCAUUUUCAGCUAUCUGUGUUUCAACGUUUUCAGCUGUCAAUUGUCAGAAAAGCAGACGACAAAAUAAAGACAACACUCCUCUGAGCAGAAACGUGACGAUGCUUUUGCCAAAGGCUCGGUGUUUUCCGCCUUCCUAGCUCGUUUCUGUUGGUAGCUGCAUGCUGGCAUCCUCAGGUUCUUUAAUGUCCCAUGAAGCGGGGUAAUGUCAUGUUAAAGACUGUCAUACACGUAUUGCUAGGAAGGUGUGAUCUUUUGCUGUGUAGUGAUUAGUUCUAUGAGAUUUUGGGUCAAGUGCAUAUAUAGUGAAUAGUCCACUCCCACAAUCGCAAAGAUUAUUUGCAAUUUGCCAGUUUUCUCUCUGCCUGAUGUUAAAGACUUUACUUGCUUUUUGUUCAAACCAGAGUAAGUUAAGUUUGUGUAUUUGCAUAUGAUCACAAUUACGCGCAUGUCUUUUUAGUCAGGGUUCAACAAAUCAGUUUAUGAAUUUCCCUUGUUUGAAAGUGAGACAUUCCUUUUUUAAUAAAUAAUAAGAUUCGUGCUGUAGGAUUGUUCACACUAGCACAAGAAGUUGAGAAUGUCAAAAACUGUGUCGUAAAUUUGGGAAAUAUCAUAGCGUAAGGCUGGACUAGGGCCCAAAGCACAAAUGCUACAUCAUUUCACUGUAUAUUAGUGUUGUACACUGUCAUAGCAUACAAUUAAUUCUGGUUACAGUUGCCAAGCAAUGUCUUAUUUUUUAGUAGAUCUUUGAAUUAGAAAUAUUCAAAGACUCAAGUCAGAAAGAAAAACAAAUAUUAUUUUGAAGCACAAACCAAGUUUUAAAAACAAUAAAGUAUCUUUUAGUUAUUUUCAUUGAGCUAUAGGGUUGAAUAUAAUAUAUUUUAAAUAUUAUAGACAUUUGCUGACGGUCAUUACAACUUCCACAAAGUUUGUUUCUGCAAAUACGCUGUGUUAUCGUGCCAACGUCUGUCAAUCACAGAGGCAGCUAUUACUGGUGGUGAUAAGUCUGAACAUACACAAUCCACAUGUCCGCAAUACACACUCUCAUUGUUGCUGCAAUGUUUUUACAUUAUUCACAUGAUUGCAUGUGUCAGUGACUUAGGGGAAAAGUUCUGCAAUAUCUUUAAUGUGUCAUUUUAUUUUCCCUUUCACUCCUCGUAUUUUUUUAUUAGUUGUGUUAUUUUUAAUCACACUUUUCAAUCAUAUUUCUAGUUGCCAGGAGUGUGAUCAGUAGUGGCUUCAGUUAGAGACACGUCCUCUUCUAUACCCAGUGCACUUGUCCAAUCGAGCCACGACUCAACACACCAGCGAUGUGGUGCCUAACCUGUGCUGGAAGGAGUUUUUUGCUCCACUUGUUUUGGAUUGGAAUUUGAGGGGAAAAACAUUUUCUUAAGAGUCAAUUUUAAAUGCUUUCCAGUGUUAAAUGCUGUUGUCCUCAGGAAUAUAUUUUAAAAGAUUUGGAAAAAUGAAUGAAUGAAUUACAUUGAAACUAUAAUCUGGCCCAUUUUUCUUUUCUAAUUUGGGGCACUAUCUUCAAAACAGAGGAAAUCUUAUGUAAACAUUUUAUUGUAUUAAACAUAAUGACUUUAUUCUCUAA